GUGUAUAUGUUUACAAAUUGUGCAAAGAAAAACAAAUAGAUUUUGUGUGCAAUCAUUGAGUAUUGACAAGGCAUGUCAUUUAAGUAUCGCGCUUUGCGGGAUAUACGACCAUACAAUGGUUGCAUUCCCCAACUAACGAAACCUUUACUUCGGGCUCUUAUUCAAGCCUCGGUGCAUUACUUGGAGUCCGAAAAAUGUUCUCCUGAAAUUUUGGACCUGGCUUUAAAUAAGCUUUAUGCGCGACAUGAGAUUCCAAAAAAUUUUUGUCAAGUUUUCUCCAUGGUGCUAACGACAAUGCAAAGUUUUUUGCGCUGCCCAAAGGGUGGAGUGAUGGACCACGAAUUUCGAGAGUUUUUAAAAGACUUAAAGUUUCCAGAUGAAUUUAUUGAUGAUCUUUGCAAUGUCCUAUUUAACUAUCGGGCCACGCUAAGUAGAAGCCUUGCAGAAACCAAAAUAGACAGACCCAAAAUUAUAGGCAUGCAAUGGCGUAUAAACAUCUCGUUGGCUACCUGUGUCGCACAAGUAUCUACCCCCACUAUAGUGUUAUACUUCAACUUAAAUAAUGGAGAGCACCGAACUCUGGAGUUGCCAUUGACAAUGUUUGAUCGCCUGCGUUAUAAUGUUGCUUUAUUAGUGAAUGGACUGCAGUCUUUGCAGAAUCGAACUGCAUUGAAAUCGUUUUGAAAAUCUAUGCGCAUAUUUUCUACAUAACGUAAUAAGAUAAAUUAUAUACAAAUAAAACAAAUGAGAAUUUUUGUCUUGGAGGCAGUAAGAAA